CAAACGGCCGAAAUGGACAAGGAAGAAGAGCCGUCGGCCGCUGAAGAAGCGGCCCGGUACACGGAUGCAGCCGCCGAAGUUGCUGCAGGGGAGGUUGCGAGGGAAAUCCCAGAAGAAGCACCUGCAAAGGGGGAGACUGAUGCGCAGCCGGAUGUCGUGCCACCGGCUGACCACGAUCACCCACCAGAGGACCAAGCCAUGAGGUCGGGGGAGCAGACAGGCCAUUUGCAGGCAGCGUGAUUCAGGGAAUGAGUGUCUCAUGCGCUCUGCCCCCCUCUCUCUGACAUCGACUCGUUUAGGCAUGCCGAGCAGCCGGCCAGCCAAGAGGCAGCAGCACCACCACCGCCGCCAAAAGAGCCACCAGGUCAGCAGGAAGGAAAGAGAUGUGUGUCAUUCCAUGCAGCAGUGCUCGGUUGGCACAUUUCCUUGCGCAGAGAAGGCGGUGGGUGAGCUGCCGCCGUCUGUGGUGGGUGAGCUGCCCCCGUCUGUGGUGCCGACAGACACGGUGGGUGGUGUGGUGAAGCGGCUCAAGAAGAGCGCCCCCUCAUUCCCCCUCCCCUGCCCCGUCAUCUACAUCAUCGCCGCACCGCCCACACACGUGCGUGCGCAUGCCAUGAAAUCCUCUACAUCCUCCUCUCAUGGAUGGUUCGGUGCGUGAGUUGCAGAAGUUGGGCGUAGGUGAGGCGCCUCCUCUUGCUUUGGAUGCUGCGGCCCUCGACGCGAUCCAGGUCACCUUUUCUCCUCGCGGCACGGCUGGGACAAUUUGGUCAGACUCCUGUCUGUCUGUCUGUCUGUUUGCAGCGUGCGGCUCAGCGGAGCGACGCGCUGACUGUGGUGUCAGGCUUCCCGUUGUCAUUCGCCAAUCUGGCCCCAACGAAGAACGGUAGGCGAAACGUGUGCCUGUCUCAUUGUCUCAUUGUCGGCCCUGGGUGCCUGUCUUCAGCCCCAGCUGUCGUCCUGUACCCCCAAGCAGCUUACAAGAGGGACGGGCCAGCCAACAACACUGCCCACCUUCAGGUACCUGUGAAGGGGGACUGGGGAGAGAGAGGAGGAUGCCAUGCCGCUGCAGCCUUGGGCAAGGUUGUGUGUGUAUGUCUCAGGAGCUGUCGAGGACGGCCUUUCUAAGCGUGUGUCCGGUGGAGGCCGACCACUGGGCCAACAGCGCCGAAAUCGACAUCAAGAUGCAACUCACAUCCACGUCAGCCUGCCUGCCUGCCCGGCCGUCAAUGACACCCACCAUGCUCACUCUCACCUUCUCUCUCUCGCGUGAACGUGUCUCGCAUCCAUCCAAUAUAUUGCGUGUAGGUUGAGUGGUCAGGACAAGCCCCGCGCCUCGCGCCCUCGACAAGUGGUGGCCAUCGCCACGCCCACCGCCACAGUCGCGAACCUGGAAGAACUGACGAGGGCAAGUGGCCCCACCUGACCACACACACACAGGCAGGCAGGCAGGUCCCAGGGGAGCCUUCUCUUCCUUUCAAUGGAUGCGUUGUAGGUUCGCGACCGUGGGUGGCCGCUGAUACUCCUCCCUCCUCAGCUGACGUCUCUGCAGAAGCCCCUGGUGUCAUGUGAUGAGGCCAAGGGCGACGACAGGAUGGUCAUGCGCUUCCCUGCUACCGAUGCACAGCCACGAGAGGUGGCGGGGUGGAUCAGAUACUUUCUCGUACUCGCACCCUGAGUGCCUGGCG